AUGGAUUUCAGCAACAUGAACUGUUUGACUUUGAUUCUUGCUAAAUGGAAAAUAAUAAUAGAUGAACAGGGGAAGUGGCGACCUAAAUACCAAGUGUCAUCAGAGAAUUGCUAUUACGUAGGGGCAGAUUUUAGUUUGCAUCUUGUUCACCAAGGCAAAAGAAAAAAGAGAAAUAGGAAGUGUAGAAGAAAAAAAGAUGAACAUGGGAAUGAACCAAAAAACAGAGGAAUAAUGUUUACUUCUUGCCAAAGAUUCUACUUAUUAUUCAUCAUACAUCUUAAUGCGUGUAUUUACUUGAAACAAGUUGUUGUGGAAAGAAUUAAAAACAAUGUCAUAGGUGACAAGAUUGAUCCAAAAGCUGUACUAAAUUUGGAUCCUGGUCUUGGUGUUUUGGAUGCAUUUUUUGCCAGUUUGUCAAUGAUUCUUGUCAGUGAGAUUGGAGAUGAAACUUUUAUUAUAGCAGCUCUUAUGGCAAUGCAUCAUCCAAAGUCAAUUGUUCUAUCAGGUGCACUCAGUGCUCUGUUUGUAAUGACUUUACUUUCUACAGGGCUUGGUAGGAUUGUUCCAAAUCUAAUAUCAAGGAAACACACAAACAGUGUUGCUACAGUUCUUUAUGCCUUCUUUGGGCUAUGUUUGCUCUAUAUUGCUUGGAGAUCAGAUUCAAAAGCAUCUCAAAAAAAGGAGAUGGAGCAAGUAGAAGAGAAAUUAGAGUCUGGACAAGUCAAAACAGCUGCACGCAGAAAUUAGAGUCUGGACAAGGCAAAACGUUGUAGAAGUUUGAUCCAAUUUUUUGCAAAUCAACAAAGGUGCAUUUUGUCUUGUUGACUGGUCAAAAGAUAGUAUAUGUUAUGGAUGUUAAUAAGUUGGGUAAUGUAGUAACUCGAAUAUUUGAAAAUGCAUGGAUCUUUUACUAUCUUUUGAGAAGGCAACAGGGAAAAAACCACUGGGGAUCAUAUUCUAUAGGUAUAUAUAUAAAUAUAAUUUCAAGUGGUACAAUUAAAGAAAAAAAAACUAAAUCUUCACUUCGUUUUUUAUUUGCAGGGA